AUUGUGUGGGGAGAGUAUUGUGAAUUAUUUUGUUGAUUGAGCAGAAAAAAGUCGCACAAAAAACUUUUCUCCGAGAGACAAGAAAACGAUAAAUGUAAAAAAUUCAAGUUAACUAUUAAAUUAUUGUUUAAUAAAUAAAAAGAAAACAAACAACAACGAAUGUCGGAAGGAUGUUGAAAUAUUUCAAAAAACAAAAAGGUCGCCUAAAUUCGACUAAUGAAAAUGACCAACAUUACAAAAACAACAAUAACGAUGUUGUUGAUCAAGUUGAUAGCGGUUGUAUUGCUGCCGAUGGUGCUGGAGGUGGUGGCGGUGGGGGUACGGCAGCAGUCCGGCAUGUUGUUACACCUGAAGAAAUGACUGAAGCCUCAGCAGCCAAACGUCAUUCGUUGCGAUCAACAUCAAGUUUCUGCGAUGAAGUUUUUCUUGAAGAAUUGACCAAUAUGGGAGGCUUAACUUCACUCUAUUCAUCAUCCACAGCAGCAGUUGGUGGUUGCGGAGCAAUAUCCGAUAGUGAUGAUGCUCUUAGCUAUGGGGCUUUAAGUUUAGGUGCACUUAGCUGUAGUAAUGCCGGUGGUGGCUCAUUAGCAGCGCAACACUACACGACAUCAACGGGGGCUGUGAAUUCAAUUGUGGGAUUUGAUGAAGAUCUCUUCAAAUACCACUCCCGCCUGUCGAUGACCCUAACCUCGAUUGUUAAUGAACCAAAUUGCCUCAGCUAUUUUGUACAAUACUUGGACAAGAAAAAUGCUUUGUCAUUUAUAAAAUUUUAUUUGGAUACAAAGAAUUUUAAAAAUGCUGCAUUGGCACAAUUGCGAAAAGAGCUCAAAAUGAAAAUGAUAGCACAACAAAUACCCGAAGAGGGUGAAACUGAAGUCACAACAACUGCAGCCACAAGAAUAACCACCACAAACAGCUCCAAUGAUACUGAUGAUGAUCAAAUUCAAAAUAAACAACAACAGCAGCAGUCGGCCGAUAUAACCGCCAAUGGUGGGAGACAUAUCAAUGAUAGAAGUAUUGGAGGAGGAGCUUCUAUGCUCAAGCCUGGAGCCGCAAAUAAUAAACAUGAUUGUGAUGACAAUGAUGAAGAUGAUGGUGGAGAAGAAAAUAUUGCUGAUAACAGCCAUGUACCUGAAUUGAAAACUUUGUGUGAUCUAACAAUGCGCAAACCCCUAACCGAUGAUGAAAAAUCACAAAUAUAUGCCGAAACUAAUAAGCAGAUAUAUAAAAGUAACAAUGAAAGACAUAAACUCAAGGCUUCCUCGGAACUAUCGCUGUGCAGUUUGAUGAGUAAUUUAUCGGAAAUAAAUGAAAAUGCCAUUAUCUCCUUGGCCAGUGUUAAGGAUGCCUUGGCAAUCUAUAAGAAAUACCUGAUACAAGAUGCCAAGCAACGUAUCGAAUUACCAGUAGAUAUACUCUCGAAAAUAUCCUUGAUUAUAUGCAAAAAAGAGGCUAAUGAAGAUGAUGCCACCACCUCCAUAACGGCUGAUUGUUUUCUGGAGGCUCAGGAAUAUGUUUUCCAGAAAUUGGAAAGGGAAUAUCUCAAUGAUUAUUUGCAAAGUACCUAUUAUGCCAAAUAUUGUGUGGAUCUCAUAGAGCAACAAUGUUUAAAUGUCAAUGAUAUACUGCACAGUGAGGUGACAUUGUUUUAUUUUAUGGAAUAUCUGGAGCAGCACAAGGAACGGGAUUGUUUGGAUUUUUGGUCAACAGCGAUAAAUUAUCGCAAAAGUUAUCUCAGCCAUGAUGCGGGAUAUUUGAAUGAGAAAGAGGCCCAAUCCGAUGCCAUGAUAAUCUAUGAGAAAUUCUUUUCAUUGCAAAAUGAAACUAAGCUUUGGUCUUCGAACAAAUUAAGGGCUCAUGUGGAAGCGGCAAUCUGUACAGAUGGUAUGGUAUAUCAUUGUUUUGAUUUACCCCUAAAAGUGGCGGCCAAAUAUCUUGAACGUAAAUAUUUGAAAUCGUUCCUAAAAUCUUCCUUGUUUUCAAAUUACCUAAAUGAGUUAAAAUCAAAGAUUCAAGAAGAGACGGAAACUAAGGAAAGUCUGGUAAAAAUUCCUUCGAAAAUUGCUUUGCGACGAUGUGUCAGUGACAAAACUUCAAAUAGACAUCGUAAAACUUUGUCAGAUUGCACGUUGGAUAAUAAGAUAACAAUUUCCCAGCACAACACCCUAUUGGCCUCAAUGGAUAAUCAUUAUCCGCAUGCGCACAGCGCUCAAACCACACAUCAUAAUUUAUCUACAUCUUCCUCUACAUCCAAUUUAAAACAAUUCCAAUUGAAUAUUGAUUCGUCACAGCUCACAAAUCCCGAUUUACUAUGGCAUCGUUCAAAUUGCAAUAAUUUAAAAUUCGGACGGGUCAAUUCAUUGGGCCGUUAUGAACGAGAUUUUGAAUCUCCUGCCGAUGCACUGCACAAAACUCCACAACAUAACAGUGGCGGCAGCAGCAGCAGUAGCUCAAGUAAUUGGCCUUUGUCGGGACUGAGCGGCACUCGUCUAAAGAAUGCAAUGCGUAAAUUAAUUAAUUUACCCGAAGAUAAUGUACAGGAAGAAAUUGCCUGGCAAGUUGCCGAAAUGAUUGUGAAAGAUGUUACAAGUGUUACUAUGGGCACCGGAGCUGUGAAUCAAUCGACGAAUGUGAAAUCUCCAACAACAAUGGAUGUUAAAAUGCACAAAGUAUAGAGUAAGUUGAUUUUAAGUUUAUUUUUUAUGAUUUUUUUUUUAAUAUUUGUUAUUGUUAUUUUAUGUCAAUGCAAACAUACAACUAUAUACGAAUAUCUCGCGCUCUCUCUCUAUUUUAUUCUGAAUCUAUUUUAAUUUACAUUGAAUCUCUGAAUACAAAUGUUUUAAAACAAA